AUGGCAGAGACAAAUAAAGGAAUUGAAGAAGAAGUGGCGAGGGCGUUUGUGAAUCACUACUACCAUCUCUUUGACAACGAUCGAUCUUCUCUUUCCACUCUCUACAAUCCCACAUCAUUGCUCACUUUUGAAGGCCAAAAGAUCUACGGCGUCGAAGACAUUUCCAACAAGCUUAAGCAACUUCCGUUCGAUCAAUGUCGCCAUGUGAUAAGCACCGUUGAUUCUCAGCCUUCUUCAAUGGCUGGUGGUUGCGGCGGAAUCCUCGUUUUUGUGAGCGGUAGCCUCCAGUUACACGGCGAGGAUCAUCCUCUUAGGUUUAGCCAGACGUUUCACUUGAUUCCUCUUCUACAAGGAAGUUUCUUCGUCCAAAAUGAGAUGUUUCGGCUCAACUAUGGUUGA